UUUAAAUAGAAAAUGGAAGUUUAAGAACAAAAAUCCCCCAAAAUGGGAACUUACAGUCUCCUUCAGCUCUCAUCAACUAAACCACAUUCAUUGGCACUUCUCAGUCCUCUCACCAUCCCUAAUUCAACAACUAAAAUCCCAUUUGGACUCUAUUAUCAAAUAAAUUGGAAAAACUCUCCAGCAAUAAGACCAAUCAGAAUCAAUUUUGAAGAUGAGCUCUACACUGACCCUGACGAUGAGUUUGGAUUCAGUGGUACUAGAAAACAGAGAGUUUGGUGGUCUAAUUAUAAUGAUUAUGAAGAAGAAGAUGAUGAUGAUGAUGAUGAUGAUGAUGUGCAAAAUGAAUUCUGGGUUUUCAAGGUGAUUAGAGCUUUUGGAUGGAUGGUUCCAGCCAUCGGCAUAUCCUUGCUGCUAGGAACCGGUCCAAAUCCCUUUUUAAUGGCUUUGGCAGUUCCACUAGGACAGACAGCCAUUUCUUUGGUAAUUGAUAGGGUCUGGGGAACUGCAAGUAGCAGGCCUAGAUCCAGUUAUCGAACUAGAAGCAAGACUAGAAGGAAACCGUUCGUCAGACCUACAAGCAGAGAAAGAACGAGCAAGGAACAGGACGAUCGUAAGACUCGUGAGGAGAAACAAAGCUACUCCCAGAGCUGGACAGCGGCAUCAGAUGGUGUUUCGUUUAAGAAGGGUGGCCAUAAAUUUGGUGGAUGGGAUGAGCUGGAUAAUAUGCACAAGGUCCCCAAAGAGAAAGCUAGACAGACAACAGACGAGUUCCCGAAGCAGCAACAACGACAAGCCAAAGUAAAACUCGGUCGAACCAGAGGCAGGGACAAACCAUUAUUUGUAAGGUUGUUGAUAGCCAUUUUCCCCUUCUUAGGUUCUUGGAGUAGGUUCAUAUUUUAAGUGUCAACUUCUAAUUCAUGAAGAUAUGAAAAAUAACUCACAAUUCAUUCAUUAAGAUAUGGAAAGCUCAUACUUGGUACAUAA